GGGCACACAGGGCUGCUCCGAGGCAUGGGAGGCAGCAAUAAAAGGGGCAAGGAGGGAGCCCUGACCGCUUGUCCGCAGGAGGAGGCUGCAGUGAAGAGAGGAAGCAACAGCAUGGGGACAUCAAUGCUGCUGAUCGCUGGCCUGGCCUGGGCUGUGCUGGACCCUGCAGCUGCCACCUCGCCAGGCUGUGCAAAGCCUGUGGAGAUUGAGCACGGCCACGUGGAGCACUUCAUCAGGUACCGCUGCGACCCCUUCUACCACCUGCGCAGCUCUGGCGAUGGCACGUACAAGUGUCAGGAGAAUGACACAUGGGUGAACCCUGAGGCUGAGAAGGAGCUGCCCGUCUGUGAGCCAGUGUGCGGGAAGCCGGUGCACCCGGCCACGCAGAUGCAGCGCAUCAUUGGAGGCCUGCUGGCUGGCAAGGGCAGCUUCCCGUGGCAGGGCCGGCUGGUGACACGCCACAACCUGACGGCGGGGGCCACACUCAUCAGUGACCAGUGGCUGCUGACGACGGGCAAGAACGUGUACAUGAACCACAGCGAGGACGCGAAGCCGGCUGAGAUCGCGCCAACCCUGCAGCUCUUCCUGGGCAGCAAGGGGCAGCCUGCCCGGCGCGUGGAGCGCAUCGUGCUGCACCCCGACUACCCCGCAGCUGUGGACCUGGCCCUGCUCAAGCUGCAGGAGAAGGUGCCGCUGGGGGAGGAGGUGAUGCCCAUCUGCCUGGCGCGUAAGGACUAUGUGCAGCUGGGGCGGGUGGGCUACGUCGCAGGCUGGGGCCGUGGGGCCACCUUUGCCUUCUCAGAGCUGCUCAAGUAUGUGAUGCUGCCGGUAGCGGAUGGUGAGAAGUGCCAGGCAUACUAUGCGGCCCGUGGGCCUCACGGCGUGCUGCCCCUCAUCAACAAGCACACCUUCUGCGUGGGCAUGAGCGAGCUGCAGGAGGAUACGUGCUAUGGGGACGCUGGCGGCGCGUUCGCCGUGCGGGACCCCGAGGACGACACCUGGUACGCUGCCGGGAUCCUCAGCCAUGACAGGACCUGCUCAACCUCCAAGUACGGUGUCUACGUCCGCCUGGAACAUGUCCGCGACUGGGUGCUGCAGACCCUGGCGGGCGAUGGGGCCGGGGCCGACGGCCGGCAAUAAACUGCCCUGCCGUGA